UUUUGUGUUUUGAUGAAUGCAUCCAUCAGUGUGAUUAUUCUCCAAAGGACUCUAGCAGGAAGAAAGAGGGACUAGAUGAACAUUUAAAUACAAUAGUUAUUUAAGCCAGUCUAUGUUAAUAGAGCAUUUACAAACAGAAAGUAAUAAUAAAAAAGCUGCGUCAUGCUGAUUGUUUUAACACGUUGGUAAAGCCGAACAGGAACAGAAUCAGAUAUUUAAUUAAGGCACUGGAAACAACACUUCUAAUUGUAUUCAAAGGCUCGUUAUUCUGGCUGUUCUCAUCAUAUUAUGUCUGCACUUCGAAAGAAAUUAGGGGACGAUUACCAAGUAGUGACCACUUCAUCCAGUGGCUCUGGAUUCAAUCAGCCAGCACCCAAGAGGAAAAGACAACGGUUUGUGGACAAGAACGGGAGAUGCAAUGUUCAGCACGGUAACCUGGGGAGUGAAACCAGCAGAUAUCUUUCGGAUUUAUUUACCACUCUGGUAGAUCUGAAAUGGCGCUGGAAUUUAUUUAUUUUUGUCCUGACGUACACUGUAGCGUGGCUUUUCAUGGCAUCAAUGUGGUGGGUCAUAGCCUACAUUCGAGGCGAUCUCUAUAAAGCCCACGAUGAUAAGUAUACACCCUGUGUUGCUAAUGUCUACAACUUUCCUUCAGCUUUCUUAUUCUUUAUUGAGACAGAAGCCACAAUAGGCUACGGCUUCAGGUACAUUACAGACAAAUGUCCAGAGGGGAUCAUUUUAUUUCUCUUUCAGUCUAUCCUUGGAUCGAUAGUAGAUGCUUUUUUGAUCGGCUGUAUGUUUAUAAAGAUGUCUCAACCCAAGAAGCGAGCAGAGACCUUGAUGUUUAGCGAACAUGCGGUUAUUUCUAUGAGAGAUGGAAAACUGACUCUUAUGUUCAGGGUGGGCAACCUCCGCAACAGCCACAUGGUCUCUGCUCAAAUCCGCUGCAAAUUGCUUAAAUCCCGGCAGACGCCUGAGGGUGAGUUUCUCCCCCUUGAUCAGUUGGAGUUGGAUGUGGGCUUUAGCACCGGGGCUGAUCAGCUAUUCCUCGUAUCCCCCCUUACAAUCUGUCAUGUGAUCGACACCAAGAGCCCCUUCUAUGAGCUCUCCCAGAGAUUUAUGCAGACCGAGCAGUUUGAAAUUGUUGUAAUCUUGGAGGGCAUUGUGGAAACCACUGGCAUGACCUGUCAGGCACGGACUUCCUACACUGAGGAUGAGGUUCUUUGGGGUCAUCGUUUUUUCCCAGUUAUUUCCCUGGAAGAAGGAUUCUUUAAGGUUGACUACUCCCAGUUCCAUGCAACAUUUGAAGUUCCAACACCCGCGUACAGCGUGAAAGAACAGGAGGAAAUGCUUCUAAUGUCCUCUCCGUUGAUGGCACCUUCCCUGAGCAGCAGUAGGGAAAAGAAUAAUUCUGUUGCCUGCUUGGACACCCUUGAGGACACAAGUACCAAGCUACCAUCCAAACUGCAAAAGAUGACAGGAAGGGGUGACCUGCCCAGAAAGUUGCUAAGGAUGAGCUCCACAACCUCCGAAAAAGCCUACAGCUUUGGGGAUUUGUCCAUGAAGCUUCAGCGUAUCAGCUCCGUCCCUGGGAACUCAGAGGAAAAACUUGUAUUAAAGACUGCAAAGAUGAGCUCUGACCCUAUGAGCCAAUCAGUAGCGGACUUGCCACCUAAACUGCAAAGACUUGCUGGUGGAGGUAGAAUGGAGGGGCAUCUACCCCCGAAACUGAGAAAAAUGAAUUCAGACCGAUUUACAUAACUAGAAUACCUUGUUUUCUCUUGGCACUAUGUUAAAUCUGAAUAGAAAAGACAAGUUUCUGAAAUUUGAGAACAGAAAAUAUAUAUUUAUUAUUUAAUAAGGGAAAGGAAUUUAGCAUUACAUUAUUGGUUGUAAGUAUAAAUGCUUUAAAAGAGACUUUAAUUUUUAAGGUAAUUGUAUUAUUAGCAUAAACUAGCAUGUAAGUAUCAUAAAGCGCAUGGAGUACUGCAUAUACUUUUUAUCUGGCAUGGUGUUUAUAUCUGCAAUGCUUAUUUUGCAAAAAAUAACACAAAAAGAAACUAAGAGCCCAAUUCUGCUCUAAACUAAAACAAAGGAGAUGUAUGUUAAUAACAGAUGCAGAAGAGGGUAAGUUAUGAUUUACUUUUAAUUAUUUAAAUGUAUGUGAAAUUGUGUUUUAAAAAUCAUAUUUUUGAAUGCAUGUUUUGGUUGUGGAAAUAGAGAAGAAGGGAGAUAGUGGAGGGAGCCAAAUGCCAAAACUUAUAUUACCUGUUUUGUUUUGUUUUUGUUUUUGUUUUUUCACAGCUUAUUAACUCUUUUGUUUAUUAUUUGUUCUUAGGAUUUAAUGAUAGUUUAUCUUGUGGCAGAGCUGGCAAUUGUUAAGGCUGGGCCAAAAUUGUAUCUCAAAUACCUAACUUUCUUUUUUUUUUUUUUAAGGUGUAUGAUUUGAUGUAAAAAGAAAAAAAAAAACAUAGAUUGGCAUUAAGUAUAGUAUGAGAUAUUAAAUCUUAUAUGGAAUCCAAAACGCUGGUAGACAUCAAUAGCUUACUUCCCUAGUACAAUAUUAAACAUUUUAAACAUUUCAAAUUUUCCUACAAAAAAAGUAGCAAUAAUGAUAUACAGGCAAUUAUAUUUUGUAAAUGCUUUUAGAUAAAUCGAUGUAAGAUAAAUCUGUUGUGGCCAAACAUGAGGUUACUGUAUUUACUGUAUACUGUAAUCACUGUAUGAUUAUAAUCUUAAGGCUUUACAGAUAAUUUAACAUUUUAUUUUGUCAGUCAAUACAAAUAUUACAUACUUUACUAUAACCAAUUCAGGAUAUUAAACCAAAGAACACCCCAGGAGAUUUAUAUUUUAAAUACUUUAAAUCGCAGAUCAAAACGUGCGGAAAUGUUACUAGUGCAAAUAUGAGGACAUAUAUGUACAGUGGUUUUAAUCUUUCGCCUCAGAAGUUUUAAAUGUAAAUCUCCGGAAAAAAAAAGCAUUUGAGAUAAGAGUCUACCCCAGUGACAGUCUUCUGGCUUGAUUGCAUAUGACGUAGAGGUGAUUAUGCCAUGGGAUAUGAUGAGUGCUUAUUUUGCAUGGAGGAAAGAGAAAGGCCUACGAGCACAUUUAAGUCAAGAAAUCACUGCAGACACAAAAGACUGUAUUGACUGACAAAAAAUAAACAGUAAAUUGGCCAUUUGAUAUGGGGUAAAUGAUACAAUAGCCAAGUUAUACGUGGAUAUAUACCAGUUAUAGGAUAUAUAUGAGAAAACCUAUAGCUUUCAGGGCUUACCCUGUAAUGAUCAAUUAACAUUUUUUGCUCAGCCUUAAGACUUUUGAUAAAAUGGUAAUUUGUCUUGACUGCACAGCAGGUCUGUGUUUCCAUACAGUUCUGUAGAAUUUGAGCCUGCAUUAUACUGUAUAUAAUUGUAUAAAUACAUCUACCAAACAAACACAUUUUUCAGGCAUGCAGAAUAUUUAUUGUAAAGAUACACAGGUUGGACUUGUAUCCAUUACUCCUGUAACCUGAAUCUGUAUUAAACUUUUC